AGAGAUGAAGGGAACAUUUCAUCAAGAAACUGACGCAUCAAGACACAUCCGACUCAAAAGUCAAUAGCAAAACUUCACCGAGCAUAUGUAUGUGCUCAUACACAUACUUAUUUUAAAAUAUAUUUUUUCACUUUGAUUAAAUACUUGACUUGUACGGAGUGUUCAAAAUGGCCUGCUGUGGAUUCACCUGCUGUCCCAAGUUCAACCCUUUCUACGUGGGUCCGUAUCCGGAUUGCGCUUGUGGCCCGUGUCCUUACGGGUGCUAUUCGGGAUUCACCCCGUGUGGCUGGGGUUGCUGCAAUGGAUGCUGUGGCUGAGGCACAACUGGAAUCCGCUUUGAACACUGCAUAAAACUCAAGGAAUAAGUCAAGGGAAAUGAGAGGAGAAUGUUUGCUUACUGAAGACUUUGUCAAUAGAAAUAAAUCAUAACAUGCUUAACAAACCCUAAA